ACAUGGCAGAGCAAUGCACCGCAGUGCCCACUUCUAAUAUGGCGGCGCUGAACCGGGCUAGAUCAUUGACCGUUAUGUUCUUAAUUGUCAGCAGUUGUGUGAUCAGCUGCACUAGUGGCACAGAUGCACCAGAGGAGACUGUCAUCAUUGGCCUCAGACUCGAGGACACUGACGAGGUGUCAUUUAUGGACAGAGGUUAUUUGCGUGUCAGCGAGCGAUCUCAUGUCAGGUUAAGAGUCUAUGGGCAAAACAUUAAUAACGAGACGUGGUCCAAACUCGCCUUUACGGAACACGAGCGCUCGAGUGACAGCAGCGGCGGCAGCAGCGCACCUGCGGAGAGCCAGAGCCCCAAAGACGCACCUGCCUCUCAUCCCUGUGGCAUCCGAACGUCUGAUAUAAUCGUCCUCCCCAACGUGGAGGUAAACAGAAAGACCUCUGGAGUUAUUGAAAUAGAAGUGAAACCCCUUCGAAAAACAGAGAAGAGUAAAGCGUAUUACCUGUGCAUCGCGACCGCUGCGCAGGCGGCCUCAUCAGCUGCCCAGGACUCGUGGUCCGAGAGCACCUGGGUUUAUCAUGACGGGCAUGACACCAAAGUGCUCGUGGUGGAGGAGAAAAAGUUCCUGCUGCCUUUCUGGCUGCAGGUGAUUUUUAUUGCGAUGCUGUUGUGUUUGUCUGGCAUGUUCAGCGGGCUCAAUCUGGGACUGAUGGCACUUGAUCCCAUGGAGCUCCGGAUAGUCCAAAACUGUGGGACAGAGAAAGAGAAAAAUUACGCAAAGAAGAUCGAACCAGUCCGAAGCCAAGGAAACUACCUUCUUUGCUCUUUACUCUUAGGAAACGUUCUGGUCAAUACCACUUUGACAAUACUGCUUGAUGACAUUGCAGGAUCAGGGUUGAUAGCUGUAGUGGUGUCCACUAUAGGGAUUGUAAUCUUUGGAGAAAUUGUACCACAAGCCAUUUGCUCCAGGCAUGGUCUCGCUGUUGGUGCAAACACAAUAUUCCUCACGAAAUUUUUCAUGAUCCUUACAUUCCCAGCAUCUUAUCCUGUCAGUAAACUUCUAGACCAUGUUCUGGGACAGGAGAUAGGCACUGUGUACAACAGGGAGAAGCUACUGGAGAUGCUCAGAGUGACAGAUCCGUAUAAUGAUUUGGUGAAAGAGGAGCUGAACAUCAUCCAGGGCGCUCUGGAGCUCAGGACAAAAACCGUGGAGGAUGUCAUGACACCUCUGCGAGACUGCUUCAUGAUUGCCAGUGAUGCCAUCCUGGACUUCAACACCAUGUCUGAGAUCAUGGAGAGUGGCUACACGCGCAUACCGGUGUACGAGGGUGAGAAGUGUCAUAUUGUGGACCUGCUGUUUGUGAAGGACUUGGCCUUUGUGGAUCCAGAUGACUGCACUCCGCUGAAAACCAUCACAAAGUUCUACAGCCACCCUCUGCAUUUUGUCUUCAAUGAUACAAAGCUGGAUACGAUGCUCGAGGAGUUUAAAAAAGGAAAGUCCCAUUUGGCCAUUGUCCAAAGAGUAAAUAACGAAGGGGAGGGAGACCCGUUCUAUGAAGUUCAGGGCAUCGUCACACUAGAAGACGUCAUUGAGGAAAUCAUAAAAUCUGAGAUUUUAGAUGAGACAGACUUGUACACUGACAAUAAGACAAAAAAGAAGAUUGUUCAUAGGGAGAGGAAACAGGACUUCUCAGCUUUCAAACCCACAGAUAAUGAGUUGGGGGUGAAAAUAUCACCACAGCUUCUGCUGGCCACACUGCGUUUCCUGGCAACUGAGGUGGAGUUCUUCAGCUCUGCUCAGAUGUCGGAGAAAAUCCUCCUGCGUUUGCUCAAACAUCCUAACGUCAUCCAGGAGCUCAAGUAUGAUGACAAGAACAAGAAGAUGUCAGAGCACUACCUCUUUCACCGCAACAAGCCUGUGGACUACUUUAUCCUCAUCUUGCAGGGGAAGGUGGAAGUAGAGGCUGGAAAAGAGGGAAUGAAGUUUGAAGCUGGUGCCUUCUCCUACUAUGGAGUACUGGCUCUAACCUCAUCCCCAGUUCCCCUCUCCUUGUCUCGAACGUUUGUUGUGAGCAGGGCAGAAUCGCUGGCAGGAUCUCCAGAAAAUAAGUCACCUCCACGACCAUUCGGUCUCAAUCACUCCGACUCCCUGAACAGGACUGAUCGGAUGGAGGUAGUCACCCCCACACUGGGCAGCAGCAACAACCAUCUCAACUCCUUCCUGCAGGUCUAUGUGCCAGACUACUCAGUGAGAGCCGCCUCUGAUCUGCUUUACAUCAAGGUGACCCGCCAGCAAUAUCAGAACGCCCUGAUGGCGUCACGCAUGGACAAGACACCUCAGUCCACGGACAGUGAGUUUACUAAGAUUGAGUUGACCUUCACUGAACAUCAGGAUGGACCAUUGGAUGAGUCUGCCUCUCUUCUGAUCCAACAGCAAAGCUCCAUCAGUGCACACAAAACUAACCACACUGCCCACAACGAUGGGGCUAUUUAACUACCCUCAGCAAAGAGAGGGAUGACAAAAGAGGGAGAGAGAUUGUGAGAGCAUGUGCUCUGCUCAGUUAGCCUCUCCCUUUCCACGUAGUGAGUGAGAGGCCUUCAUGUACACUAGGCAGCUUCACUUUGAGUCCUUUCAUCGCGGUCCAUUUAAAGGGGAUUGGAACGUACGCAUAGAUUCUUAACGUUAAGGACUGCACAUUCCCACAAAGCAUGCACUAAUGACCUUAACACCUUUUGUAGGCAGCGGAUAAGUCGGGGACCACCACCAACACCAUUUUGCUCACUCACCCACUGAUCAAAGAUACCAUGCUUAGGCUGCCCGUCACUCGAGAUGGAGAUGGCUACAGCACACUUAAAAGACAAGUCUCACACUCUUUCACUUGGAGGUUUCCGUUUGAAGAGACUAGUUGCAGCUACAAAGAAGCAAGAAUUCAGUCACGAAAACCAACUCUGGGACUCUUGAAGAGGUGAAGACCCACACCUCGACCAGAUACCAGAAGGACAAAGAUAUAAUGGUGCCUUCAGACAAUACUGAGUUACUCUUUGCUUUGUCAACGAAGCAGAUAUAGAGGCCCUUGAGGGCCCAGAUGACACAAAGCUCUCUAAAAUCUUUCGUGCUGGACUCAGGAAGCUCAAGCAGAUGAGAGAAGAGAUAUCGGCGACCAGGAAAUUUCCAACACCAGUAAACACACAAAAUUUUCCAUAGAGUUAAAAACACCAAGGCCAACACAUCUUUUCAAGGAGAGCCAGAGCUUAAGGAUACAUCUCAGCCUAUCAGAAGACCAAGACUGAGAGGCCUCAUGACCAAAGACAUUUGACAAGGACAGCAAAUAACGGGCAUCACAUUGUGAUUCACUGUGGAUGUAAUGAUAUACAAGGUCUGACAUCUAAGGUCUUACAAAUUUGGUCAGUUCACAGCAACCUUGGACACGACGUGCAUAAGCAGACAAAACAGUGUUUGCCUGGAUGUGCCAAAUACUACUUUUUUUUUUAAUUUUUUUUUUUUACAUAAAUUUCAGCAAUUUCCAUGUCAAGAGUUUGUUAGUCUCAUGAGCAGAUAUGCUAUGUACAGCAUUUGCAGUACAAAGAAAUCAAAUGUGUUUACAUAUCAGGGCCUUUUUCAUCCAUAAUAUAUAUACAGUUGAAGUCAGAAGUUUACAUAUGCCUUAGCCAAAUACAUUUAAACUCAGUUUUUCUACAGUUCCUGAUAUUUAAUUGUAGAAAACUUUCCCUGUCUUUGGUCAGUUAGGAUCACUACUUUAGGAAUGUGAAAUGUCAGAAUAAUAAUAGAGAAUAUGAUUUAUUUCAGCUUUUAUUUCUUUCAUCACAUUCCCAGUGGGUCAGAAGUUUACAUACAUUUUGUUAGUAUUUGGAAGCAUUGCCUUUAAAUUGUUUAACUUGGGUCAAACUUUUUGGGUAGCCUUCCAAAAGCUUCUCACAAUAAGUUGCUGGAAUUUUGGCCCAUUCCUCCAGACAGAACUGGUGUAACUGAGUUAGGUUUGUAGGCCUCCUUGCUUGCACACGCUUUUUCAGUUCUGCCCACAAAUUUUCUAUCGGAUUGAGGUCAGGGCUUUCUGAUGGCCACUCCAAUACCUUGACUUUGUUGUCCUUAAGCCAUUUUGCCACAACUUUGGAGGUAUGCUUGGGGUCAUUACCCAUUUGGAAGACCCAUUUGCGACCGAGCUUUAACUUCCUGGCUGAUGUCUUGAGAUGUUGCUUCAAUAUAUCCACAUAAUUUUCCUUCCUUAUGAUGCCAUCUAUUCUGUGAAGUGCACCAGUCCCUCCUGCAGCAAAGCACCCCCACAACAUGAUGCUGCCACCCCCACGCUUCACGGUUGGGAUGGUGUUCUUGGGCUUGCAAGCCUCACCCUUUUUCCUCCAAACGGUCAUUAUGGCCAAAAAGUUACAUUUUUGUUUCAUCAGACCAGAGGACAUUUCUCCAAAAAAUAAGAUAUUUGUCCCCAUGCGCACUUGCAAACUGUAGUCUAGCUUUUUUUAUGGUGGUUUUGGAACAGUGUCUUCUUCCUUGCUGAGCAGCCUUUCAGGUUAUGUCAAUAUAGGACUUGUUUUACUGUGGAUAUAGAUACUUGUCUACCUGUUUCCCCCAGCAUCUUCACAAAGUCCUUUGCUGUUGUUCUGGGAUUGAUUUGCACUUUUUUGCACCAAACUACGUUCAUCUCUAGUAGAAAGAAUGCGUCUCCUUCCUGAGCGGUAUGAUGGCUGCGUGGUCCCAUGGUGUUUAUACUUGAGUACUAUUGUUUGUAAAGAUGAACGUGAUACCUUCAGGCAUUUGGAAAUUGCUCCCAAGGAUGAACCAGACUUGUGGGGGUCCACAAUUUUUUUUUGAGGUCUUGGCUGAUUUCUUUUGUUUCUCCCAUGAUAUCAAUCAAAGAGGCACCUAAUUUGAAGGUAGGCCUUAAAAUAAAUCCACAGGUACACCUCCAAUUCAGUACACCUCCUAUCAGAAGUGAAUUGGCUAACUGUCUAAAGGCUUGACAUCAUUUUGGAAUUUUCCAAGCUGCUUAAAGGGACAGUUAACUUGGUGUAUGUAAACUUCUGACCCACUGGAAUUGUGAUAUAGUCAAUUAAAAAUUAAACAAUCAGUCUGUAAAAUGUCCUAAACGACUUUCCAAAACUAUAGUUUGCUAAUAUUAAAUCUGUGGAGUGGUUAGAAAAUUAGUUUUAAUGACUUAAAACCUAAGUGUAUGUAAACUUCUGACUUCAACUGUAUAUAUAUAUAUAUAUAAAUAUUGAGAGAGAGAGAGAGAGAGAGAAAAGAGAGAGAGAGAGUAAUUUUUUACUUAAAUCCUGAUUGUGCUGAGGUACAGUGUCACCUAUUUUAAGGUAAAAAGAGAAUAAAUGUCUCACGACUGGUUCCAUUUUUAUGUACAUCGGACCACUCUUUAUUAACAGGAUGUUUUGAUUUUCGAUGCUUUUGCUGUAAUUGCAUAACUCUUGGUCACAUCUACCUUUCUUCAGAUAGAUGUUAGCUGUAUUUAUAACUUCAAAGAAACUUCUUAAGGCUCAGUAACUAUGUAAACCAUAACUCAUAUCUCAUCUUCAAACUCCAUAACCUCUUGAUUUCGAUUGCUCUUUUAUCUUAUCUUAUUAUCUUUCUUUAUAGUAAAAAGCUAUGCAUGUAGGACUCAAUGUCAAGGGAUUGUAAAAGUGGUACUUUUAUUGAUUUAUCAGUUUAAAAGAGAGAGAGAGAAAAAAGAAAAUAAUUCACCAUGAAUGUAUUUAUUUUGGUUUUAUCAUGACAAGAUCACAUUUAUGUUCUUGAUACAAAAGGGAAAAAUUCUAUGGCUGAUGUUUUAUCUGUCGUUCAAUGUUUGGGUUCAUGACUCUUUUUUUUUUUUUUUUUUUUUAUCAGAUUGUCCCAAGACGCUUCUGUAAACUUGCUGGAUGACAGGGCAUUCACGUCUCAAGUGUUUAUGUAGCAACCUCUCAGUGCAAUAGUGCAACAGCUAUGCAGGGACAAUCAUGACCAUAAAUAAUAUGCUCACAAGUAGGACAUGCAGGAUGAAAUAUCUGAAAAUAAACUAGCAGAAUUUAAUAAAAGAGGCUGAGCGAUUAUGUACAGGAAGUCCAUUAGACUUAAGGGAUAGUUUGCCCAAAAAAGAAAUCCAUUUUUCAUUUGAUGACAAAAUUUUCAUUUUUGGGUAAAUUAUCCCUUUAACAUAACAUCAUAGAAGGACUGUUUAGUUAACCCAUGUGCAACCUUCCAGACAUUCUUGUCUUUUUCAUUUUUGUUUUUUCGAUCAUUUUGUGUUAAUGCCAACGGCAUACAUUUUGCCAAAGGUGUGUAUUUUUUGGGGAAUUUUGAUAUUUCAACCUCAGUUCUUAUAAAACAUCUAUAAAACACUGUGUGCACAAAGUAGUUACACUCAGGACCUUAAGGACAAAAAUGUCCCCAUUGAAAACCUUUAAAACUAAAUAUUUGAUCCCAGUGCCAUUCAAGCAUAAAAUCAUGAAUUCUAUGAUAUUAUGCUUUCAUUCUGGAGCCCUGGCUUCAAAAUUUUUAUUUUUUAUAUUUCCCACCAGACAGCGGCAUUUUUCUCAUGUUUAGCCUAUGGAGCAAAUACAUGUUUUUUUCCUAUUUUCUGUUUGCUGUAUUAUAGAGCACUGCAGGCCAAUUAAAUGAUGCAGCUAAAAUUGUGUGGGUGUGUUGGUAUGGAUGUCUGAGUGUGUUUUGUAUGUAUGUAUUGAGAAGUGUGUGUGUGUGUGUGUG